AACUAUUUAUACACGAAUUUUUUUGAAAUUUUAAUGACACUUGCGCGCGUCCCUGUCUUUUUGACAAGUUUGAUUUGCUGUGAUCGGGGCGAGAAACAGCACUCAAAAUGAAGUUCAACAAACUGGUCACCGCUUCGAGGAGUAAAAACAGGAAAAGGCAUUUCUCCGCACCUUCCCACAUUAAGAGGAGGCUUAUGUCUGCACCCCUUUCAAAGGAAUUGAGACAGAAAUACAAUGUUCGUUCCAUGCCCAUUCGUAAAGACGAUGAAGUUCAAGUUGUACGAGGACACUACAAAGGCCAACAGGUUGGUAAAGUUGUUCAAGUUUACAGGAAAAAAUUCGUUAUCUACAUUGAAAGAAUACAAAGAGAAAAAGCCAACGGUGCUAGUGUAUAUGUAGGCAUUCACCCUUCCAAAGCUGUAAUUGUAAAGCUUAAAAUGGACAAAGACAGAAAGAAAAUCAUUGAUCGCAGAGCAAAGGGACGAUUGGCUGCAUUGGGCAAGGACAAGGGCAAAUACACCGAAGAAUCAGCUGCAGCGGCAGUUGAGACAUCUUAAGUGUAUUAUAGUUCAUUUUCUAUUUAAUAAAUAAGACAAAAACUUCA